GGGUGUCGGGGAGAAGACAGAAAGACACACAGUGGACGGGAGGGACGUGGAGGAAGUUCAACUGCCAAAGUCUUCUUGCCACACCCACUGGGCGGGUGGGGGUAGAGCCAGCCGGGCCUCGCCACCUCCCAUCGCCGUUCUCCUCUAUAAGAUCGCCUAUAAAAGAAGAGAAAGAGAGUGAGAGAGGAAUGCGCAGUGGCAACAGGUAACGUGUCGUCACCACCACACGUCGUCAGCUACCACCAGCAAGACGCCCGACAACCAGCCACCUCGGUGUUGCUGAGCUAGCCAGUCCACCCCUGAGGUAGCCACGACUAGGACCAGGAACCGCCAAGGUCUGCGACUCGUACGAUUUCCUGUGCUGGAAACCGUCACACAGAGGAGGAGUAGGAGGACAAGGAGCCGAAGUGCACGGUAAUCCCACCAUCGGAGUCAUGGUGACCGUCGUCUGCCUGGUCACGUGUUCUGCAGCCUGCCUGCUGCUGGCGCUCAGUUCCGCGACAGUCGACGCACAGACCUACCACUACAGCAACGGCUGGCACCCUGGCAAGAAACGAAGUGACAUACCGAGUGCAACCUUCGACGUCACGGGCGGCCUCAGAAAAGAACCAUGCACCUUCAGGCCAGAGGUCAUGCAAGGGAUAAGCCUCCUGAUUCAGAAAGAAAUAGCUCGCCUGCAGCGGUCCUGUGUACGGGACACGUCAGUCACGUUCAAAGACAUACUGCAGACAGCAUUGCUACGGCAAGGAGCGGACCAGACUCUCCUUAAGAACAAGCUGGAGGAAGAGGACGAGGACUCGGGCAAAUGGUGACUGACGUGCCUUAACUCUACAACCACGACAUCAGUCCCGCAGCAGCCGCUGACAACUUUUCCACUACUCCAGACUCAAUUCAGAAGCAAGAAAAUAAAUAUUCCAACAAAUAAAUACAAUGAUACAUUUCGCAACAUCACGAAAAUGAGAAAGCUAAGACGCACAUUUUGCUUCCAUCGAAAUUCAUAUGAAACCGAAGUUGGUACCUCCAGAAACAUGAACCAAGCAUUUCGUGUUUUCUUCAAAGAAAUUUAACUCGUCCCCAAACUUCCGUCAGAAUUUAAAAAGCACAAGCAUUAACCUUCUUGAACCUAUUUCUUCCAAAAACAAACUUCGAAGAAACUCCGAACUAUAAAGGCUUAAGUUUCAAACCCUCGCACAUACGCCGGUGUCAAGAAGGACUAACGGGGAUAAGGGGCUGGGGGAAGAGUACAAGCAAUUUCCCACUCUGAAAACUCUCUACCCUCCCUGUCAUAACAAAGAUUCUUUCUGUAGAAGGAGGUACUUUCCCGUUUAACAGCGAACUUUAAAGGUGAUCAAAAUGGAUGUCUUCAAAGGACCCCGUUGUAAAAAUUCAAUCCCUGGCUACAGCUGUCUUUAAACUGUUUCGAUGGACAGUCAGAGCAGGGGAGGGUCGCCACAACACCAGAAGACACAGGUGAUUAACAAACAAACAAAAACCAGAAAACGUUUGCCCGAGUUAGCUGCGAUUGAUUCUAAGUGAAAAUAAAGGCUGAUGUUAAAC